AUGCCUGGAGAGUUGGCCGUCGGCGGGCCGCGUUUCACCACCGGAUUAUUCAACGGACCCAUGUCCACUGCUCGAUUGCCCAUUGAUGAUCAGCUGGCAUUUCAGAGGGGCCGUCACGGAGAACAGAAUGGUAUGGUGCAAAGAAACCAUCGAUUCAGCUUCCACCCAGCGGGCCAGCUCGAGUCCACUGGCUUGACUGCAAGGCACAAGCAGAUCAACCCUCGCGUGGUUCGCACCAAUCUCACCAAGGUUGAGCAGAAAUCAUGUUGCGCGUCGCAACCGCAAUCAAGCGGUGGCGCGUUCUCCAAAAAUGGACCCGAAGGGCUAGAGAAGUCAGUCACUGCUAUCUUCAACAGCACUCUCGGAGAUAAAUACCCAAAUCCAGACGAUGGUCGCUUUCUGGAGGGAAACCACUCAAUCCUGCUCGUCCGGCUUCAGGCCAGGAUUCGAGAGAAACUCAAUAUCGCACCUCCGGUGUCUCAGUUCAUUGAGGAACCCACAGUUGCCGCCGUCUGUACCUAUAUUCGCCAAAAUAAGGGCUGUGCUGCCAGUAACACCGAGGACACAACCAUAGAUUGGAGUUUGGAGACGAAGCUUCCCACCAAUCCGCGAUAUAUUCCCCAGUACAGUAUCCCCCGUGUUGAUCGGGAUGACAUCAACAGGAUACUCGUCACAGGCGCCGAACUUUCGGUUGGCUUGUUUCUUCUUGCGGAAAUAUUGGUGAGCAAGCGCGAUGCUGUGGUCUACGUGCUUGGGUCCCUAAAGCCUCUGAGCACAGACGAUUUGAUGGAUUUACUGGAGAACCACGGUUUAGUGGGCAUAAGCUCCAAUGGCCAUCUCGACAGAGACGAUGUCCUCUCGCGUGUGAGGUGUGUCUACGGCUGCCUGUCGAAGCCCCGGCUAGGUCUCAACAGAUCAGAGUUUCUCGAGCUUGGCCGUGAGGUUCAGACCAUUUACCAUCUGGGGGGGCAUGUCUGCUUGUUGAAGACUUACACACAGUUGAAAUCUGUUAAUGUCACGCCAAUCCUUGAUCUCAUUCAGCUGGCAGGCACAGGCGAACAUCUUUCAGAAAUACACUACCUUUCGUCCUGGUCUGUCGGACACCUACAAUCAUGGUCCCUGGUCAGUCCAAAUCUCAACACUUGGGUAGCAACCGAGGACGACAUGUCCCACUUCCAACCCCCAGCCGAGAACCAGCACGGCUAUUUCAAGUCCCUCUGGGUGGUAGAGGCCCUCCUAUGCAGCGCAGCGUCCCGUGGAUUCCCGGUCACCAUCACACGGGCUUCGGCCGUGACCAACCUAUGGCACGGUAGCUUGAUGAGCACCGGCGAUGAGUUUGCGCUUCGCAUGAUACUCGCGAUGGUCGACUCUGGCAUGAUCCCGACCGUAGGCUCACCCAAGCAACCCCAGUUGGCGGUCGAUCUGGUGCCAGUGGACUACCUGGUACGAGGUCUUUUCACCCUGACGUCAGAGAGGGCAGCCGUUGAAUCUUGUUCGAUAUCGAGAGACAAGCCGUUGUUUUAUCACAUCAGCAACCCCAAGCCCCUGGAGCUGCGGGAUCUGUCCGACGUGAUGAAAGCACUGAGUGGAGAUGGGAGAGAAAUGGAGAUAGUCUCGCUAGAGAGGUGGAUGCAGACACUCGCUGCUCAGGAGAAGAAGGCUAACGGUGCGACUGAGGUGUUAUGGGCGACGAUACUAAGAGAGUAUUUGGGAAUGGGACAUGUGAUGUUUCCCCUCGAUUCGGGCACUACGGAUGAAUCGCUGGAGGAUCUGCUUCCUGGAUUCAGCGAACAAUGUCCGCCAGUCAAUGUAGCCAUGCUCGAACGGUUACUCGGGGGUUUGCGACGGGUGGAGCGGGUCUGA